AAACAGAAGCCUUGCCAUAAAAUAACUGUCUCGCUCAUUAGCUUUCUUCUCGAGAGAAAAAAGGAAAAGAAAAAAAAAAGAAUCAGUAAUAUUAUUACAGCCACCAAAGAGUCAGUACAUCCUUGUGUUUCUCAAAAGAAAAAAAAAAAAAACUUUUGAGCUUAUUAAAGUAACUUACUUGUAAUUUCAAACUCAAAAUAUUUCUGUUUAGAGUUCAAUUUACUUGAACUGACUCAAAUUCAGACUUUGGGUUUUGUUUGUUUGGUUUCUGAUCAAAUUCAAACCUUGGAAACACACUUUUUUGUUUUUAUAUAUGUACCUGUCGUAGUAAAAAAACAUUCUCACAUAGAUGGUAAAGAAUUGAAUUGGGAUUUUGUUAUCCCAUUUUCAGCCAUUUAAAUGGGUAUUUUUCAAGUAUAUUGUCUUUUGCAUCUAGGGUUUUCUAAUACUAGAGCUUUUAUAAUCUUAUAGGAAAAAUCAUGUUCCUUUUCUUAUAAUUUCAUUUCUUUUAUAAUGUCUAUAUAUGCUUUGCUUCAGUUGUACUUUAGAUUUGAUUUUGUGAACUUGUUUUUUUUUUUCUUUUUCAUUUUAAACGGUACAUGAACUCUUUUUAUUUUUCUUUUACGUCUUUAUCUAUCUAGUGAAGAGGUCAUCCUCUCUGGUGUAUUGGGUUGGAGAAACCUGUCUAGUGUAAUAUUUUGACCAUGGCUACUUCGGAAUCAGUUUUACAACUUCUAUCUGGUGGUUUGUCUCAUCCUUAUUAUUCUGAUAUUUAUUUCAACAAUUGGAAGUCUGUGCGUUCUUUCAAAUUCAGUUUAAACCGUACAAAUUAUGGAGGUUUAGCAUACCAAAGGUCAAAGAAUGAUUCAAGGACGGCAUGCAAGUACACGAAGAUCAGUGCAUGCCAGGAUGCAGAUGGCACUCACUAUGCAAAUGCUGAAUGUGCUAAGAGGUUUGAGCAAAUGAGAUGCAGGUCCCAAAAGGCUGAUAGUGUCAGUGGUGUAACUGCCAAUGGGGAUGAAUCAACACCACUUCCUGUAAAUGGCAUUAAUGGUGUGUCAAAUGUUCAAGAUUUGGAAUUGGAUGAACAUAAAAGUGCAGGUUUCCCAUUGAAGGGCAAUGUAGACACAGCUGCAAGGGAAUCAAUUGAUGAAGAAGCAUGGGAUCUACUUCGUGCAUCCAUUGUCUACUACUGUAGUAAUCCUAUUGGGACCAUUGCUGCUAAUGAUCCAUCUGAUACUAGUAUUCUAAACUAUGAUCAGGUCUUCAUUCGUGAUUUUAUUCCUUCGGGAAUAGCUUUCCUUUUAAAGGGAGAGUUUGAUAUUGUACGAAACUUCAUCCUUUAUACCCUUCAACUGCAGAGUUGGGAGAAAACCAUGGAUUGUCAUAGUCCUGGUCAAGGACUGAUGCCUGCUAGUUUUAAGGUGCGCACUAUUCCCCUUGAUGGUGAUGAUUCUGCUAGUGAAGAUGUCCUAGAUCCUGAUUUUGGUGAGGCAGCAAUUGGCCGAGUUGCACCUGUUGAUUCAGGAUUGUGGUGGAUUAUAUUGUUACGAGCUUAUGGAAAAUGUUCUGGUGAUCUUUCUGUGCAAGAGAGGGUUGAUGUGCAAACUGGGAUUAAAAUGAUUUUAAAACUGUGUCUUGCUGAUGGUUUUGAUAUGUUUCCAACUUUAUUGGUGACUGAUGGUUCUUGCAUGAUAGAUCGUCGAAUGGGAAUUCAUGGACAUCCAUUGGAGAUUCAGGCACUCUUUUAUUCGGCAUUACUCUGUGCACGUGAGAUGCUUGCUCCUGAGGAUGCAUCAGUGGACCUCAUUAGAGCUCUUAACAAUCGUCUUGUUGCCCUAUCUUUCCACAUUAGAGAAUAUUACUGGAUUGAUAUGAAAAAGCUUAAUGAAAUAUACCGAUACAAGACAGAGGAAUACUCAUAUGACGCAGUUAAUAAGUUUAAUAUCUACCCAGAUCAGAUUCCUUCCUGGUUGGUGGAGUUUAUGCCCAAUAGAGGAGGCUAUUUGAUUGGAAACCUGCAGCCAGCUCACAUGGACUUCCGUUUUUUUUCUCUUGGAAAUUUAUGGUCUAUAGUCAGUAGUCUUGCAACAGUGGAUCAGUCACAUGCCAUAUUGGAUCUUAUCGAAGCAAAAUGGAAAGAGUUAGUGGCUGAAAUGCCAUUCAAAAUAUGCUAUCCUGCACUUGAAGGCCAGGAAUGGCGAAUUAUUACAGGCAGCGACCCCAAAAACACUCCUUGGUCUUACCACAACGGUGGCUCUUGGCCAACUUUGCUUUGGCAGCUCACUGUAGCGUGUAUUAGGAUGAAAAGACCAGAGAUUGCAGAGAAAGCUGUCAAGCUUGCUGAGAGGCGCAUAUCCAGAGAUAAGUGGCCAGAAUAUUAUGAUACAAAGAAAGCAAGGUUUAUCGGGAAACAGGCUCGACUAUUUCAAACCUGGUCAAUAGCAGGUUAUCUUGUGGCAAAGCUCCUCCUUGACAACCCAAGUGCGGCAAAGAUCCUUGUAAAUGAAGAAGAUCCAGAGCUUCUGAAUACUUUUUCUUACAUGAUAAACGCCAGUCCAAGGAGGAAACGUGGUAGAGUUGGAUCUAAGCGUCCCUUCAUUGUGUGAAGCUCAGAGGAAGAUCCAGUGGAGAUUUAGGUCUCCAACACUUUGUAACUUAGCUUAGACAGCAAGUUGUGCUAUUUGUACCAUACAACUUAACAUAUAUGUACAAUGCCUGUAAGAAAGAUGUGGCUUCGGGAAUAUUGACAAAUACUUAUUUCUUUGAGAAGUAAAGAGAAUUGAUGAUGUUUUAGGGA